AUGCCGCAUCAUGCUGGUGCUGAUAGGGUGUUAGUCGAUGUCAAACAACAGCCAAAUCUUUUUCCAAAAGCCAAAGUUUCCGACCAUGACUCGACUGGACUAGACUCAAAUUUGCCAGGACGCCGCACACGAAGCCAAAUGAGCAGUUCCCAUAUAUGUAUAUGGACCGUGGGGGCGCAGGGGGUUAAAGUACGGCGUACAUAUUCCUCACAAGUUGUUUGA